GAGUGGGGGCCGUCAAAGUCAAACUUGCCUUGAGUCUUGCUGUUGCCGUUCUCCGUUCUCUGCUGAUAUGAAAUCUUCAAUGAAUGUGCCUCCUUUUAAAAUGGUUUACUAUUUCCGCUUUGUCUCACAAAUCGUAUUCUACAAUGUAUAGCACAAUGUCAGCUCGAUAAUCAUUCUCUACCAGGCCAAGACGAAUAAAAUACAACGAUGCAAGUUUUAUGGUUUAUUAUUUGUCUUAUGGCUCUUGUCAAAUUGAAUGCUUUCAAAUUUGACGAAGAGUGUUACUUGCACGUGGGUAACAUGACAUACGACUUUUUGAGGCAUGAUGGAAAUUCUUGGGUAACUGUUAACGAAACUAAGGAACUUUUAGGAUCAGUUAGUAUUGACUUUUUAAUCUGCCGGACUAAGGAGGCUGAAGAAAAAUGUGCAGAGCAGAGCAAUUUGUGCUUGACUCAAAAUACUGGUCAGGACAUUUUAAAAAUUGCACACACAGCUAAUAUUAAUGAUGUAAGUGUUGAUGACAACGUGCUGAUAUUUAACUUUAAAAGUAAUUUGAAAAACUGUGUACCUGAUGGCAAAUUAACAAACUUAACAUACUUUGUUGUCACUUUGGUCAUAUCAUGUCAUGAAACGUGUCACAAGCCUUUUAUUGAGAAUUUGAACAAUGUAUGCAGCUUAUCUAUACUUUGGCGCUGUACAUUAGCCUGCCCAGUUCAGAAAACAAUUUCUACAGAUAGUUGUCUAUUGUCAUUAGGAUAUAACCACUAUGAUAUCCGAGCUUUGGCAGAUAGCAACUUGUUUUCAGAAUGUAACGAACGAUACAUUAAUUUAAAUGUAUGUAGAUCAGCGAAAGUUUACUCUUGCCGUCCUUACCAAAAUAGAGUUCUCAAUGAUAAUCUUUGUGAACAAACAUCAUAUAACAAUUUCCAGUUUGUUUCCUCAUCCAGCAGAGGACUCUUUCUGAUUUACAAUUCCAACCAUGGUAAGUCAAUAAACAAAGUCAAUAGAUGUUGUAAGUUGAUGUCUUUUUCGUAGAUUUGGAUAACAUUGAUUGUCUUUUUAAAGUUACAGUGAAAAAGAAAAUUUUUGUUGCUUUGAAAUGUUUAAAUGGCCAAAUUAAACCAAAACUCAGUUUUAUUGGAAAUAAAUUUGGCAAUUUUCACUUUCAAAUGGAAACUAUGCUUGUCUGCCCUAAGCCAAAAACACAAUGCAAAAAACAAAUAAAUAAGUUUUCUAUGAUUGAUCUCACCCCUCUACGGAAAGGUUUUAGAAAUUGGCUGAUUAAUAACAACAAAGAAAAGUUAAUAUUUAAUGUUGGUUCAGGGCUAGCUUUUCAACAAGGUUUCUUAUGUUCAGGUGGAAGUAUAGCUGCUUGUUUACAAAAGUCAGAUGGCACUCUAAUCAACUAUGGGGACACAUUUGAUAGAAUUGAAGUAAAAAGUAAUAGUGUUUCCAUUUUUAUUAGAAAUGGUGAGCAGUGUGGUUCUGAGCGUUAUUCAUUGAAUAUCACACUUAUUGAGGAUCUGAACAAAAGUAAUCCUAUAAUAAUAAAAAACAAUAAUUGCUCGAAAGACAUCGAAUGGCGUACACCAUAUGCCACUGCAGUUGAGUAUUUUCAAGGGAAGAACUGCAAUAUUAAGACAAAUAUAGAAUAUGCCAAAGACUUAAACUUUACAAAUUUAUUUAUACAAGAUUAUAGGCUUCAAACAGAAGAUGGCACCAGCUUCAGGAUAAACCUUUGCUCAAGGCUUAAAGAAAAGUGUGGGCAGUUUACAGAUGCUAGAAUUUGCUGGACAGACGAAUUUAAUAAGCAGCAUGCAAUAGGUUUGUAUGACGAAGAGCUAGUUCUAAAAAAGAGGAGUAGUGAGUUUUAUAUCAGAGGGGAAAGUUGUUCCAAAGACUAUCCCUACAGUGAGGUUUACUUCACAAUGGCUUGUUCGUUUUAUGAGCAGGAGUUAAUUCUCAUGGCAAAAGAUGGUUGUCAAUUCUAUUUUUAUUGGAAAACGAGAGAAGCGUGCAUUUUCAAGGAUGAAAAACCAGGAAAAUGUACAGUGGAGGAUCCAAACACCAAUAAUGUAUACAAUUUGUCAGCUCUUUCACUUACUAGUGACAAUUACAAAAUAAUUCUUAACAUAACUCACACGCUAAUAUUAAAUAUUUGUCGAUCAUUGGUACCACAAUAUAACAAUCAAUGCAACAUGAAUUCAGGAGCAUGCCUUAUGAUUACUUCUGCCCAGUCACCACACUCAAUAAGCUAUCAAUCUAUAGCAAUGAGUGAUGUACUUAAUGUGUCAAACAGCCAUGGAGUAAGGCUAACUUACCUUAAAACUAUGCUUUCUGAUUGUCAGCUUACUAUAGAUUUUGUAUGCAAUCACAUUGAGAGUGUAAAAGUUGUCAAUAUAAAUGAUAAGUGCAGCUAUCACCUGAUAUGGCAUACGGAACAUGCAUGUCCCAGGAAAAAGAGGGCGAAUAAUACAAUAAAUUGUUUUGCUACAGAUUUCCACACAAAUCAGCAAUACGAUUUAACCAGUUUAUCAACAAAAAUGUAUGAAAUCAAUGGCUAUUACGUCUCGAUUUGUCAGCCAUUAUUUAAUAAUAGUUGUGAUAAAAAUUCAAGUGUUUGUACCAAGAAUUCUGUUAGCUAUGGAUCAUUUUCAACCAAAAUUAAGGUUUUGGAUAAUUCAUUAAUGUUAGUUUAUAAUUCUACUAGUUGUAAAUCAACCGUCAUAUAUUUUGUAUGUGGCAUGCUUGAGGAUGCACCUAAAACUUUAAACAAAGUAAAUGAUUGUUUGCUUGUUAUAUAUUGGCCGACUCCACUUGCUUGCUUGAGAAAUGCUAUUUGUGAUAAUGACAAAGACAAAAAGUUCCAAUUACCAAAUUUUUAUAACAUCACUGUUCCUGAAGGUUUUGUAUAUUUAAAAAUAUGCUCUCAGCUAGAUCCUCACCCAAAGAUAAUAUGUCCAGGAGGGUCUGCUGCAUGCCUUGUUACUGAUUCUGGUGACCAGAAAAGCCUAGGGUAUCCAUUGGAAAAACCUACCAGGCGAAAAGACAGUUUAGUAUUACAUUACCCCAACGGCGAUUUAUGUGAUGAGAAGAAAAGACUUCAUUUCUCAACUAACAUCACUCUUGUUUGCAAUCAAGAUAAGAAGGAGGAUGGUGUCCAUUUUAAAGAGCUAUAUAAUUGCCAAUAUAAAUUUGAAUGGCAAACGACUCUUGCUUGUGAAACUGAACAUAAACAAACCCUUCAUGAAUGCUUGCUUCCCUCUGGAAAGCAAAGAGAUAUGCUGAAUCACUUUUUCACCAAUGGCAUACAUAAUAUUUAUAUUGACGAUUUAUAUAUUAGUUUAUGCGAUACAAAAUCAUUGUGCUCUGCUGAUGUUUGUAUAAAAAAAGCUGAUCAAUUUAUUUGGAAGCCGUUUGGCAAUCUUUUUUUUAACACUGUCUUAUCUGAUAAUCAUGACACUUCAAUAUUAUACAAACCUUUUAAGUCAGAUUUGCAAUGCUUUGGUAAAGUGACACUAAGUUGUGACACUUCCAUAGGAAAAGGUCCAAAGAUUAUCUCAAUGGAAUUCACAGUUCAUUCCCACCUGAAUCGGAUGUUGAGAAAUGUGCUUUGUCACUGAAAGAAUUGAAAAAUGCCUCAGGGAAAACUAUCCUUUUAAUAAUUGUUUGCCAUUAUUGUGAGGAUUAAUUAAUCCGACUUUCCUCGAGCUUAAUCUCCUUUGAGUGAAAGGGCAGUGAUUUUUGAAAACCUUUAAAUAACUUAGGGAUUGUACUUUCAAAUUGUUACCACUUAAGAAAAAGGUAUUUUUAUAACACGAGAAGUGGAAAAUUCUGAGAUUUAUGAUAAAAUAAGUUUUGAUUUGUGUUUUACGGAAUGCACUUUUAAACUUAACAGACAACUCUUACAUCUUAUUAGGGCAUUAAGGUCACCCACUUGGGAUCUCGAGUCCGUUCACUGUUUUAUAACUUCGGGAUUCCCACAACCAACCUAAUUAACCUUAAUUAUAUAGUGGAUGUUUAUUUUGGCUUUUAAUCGGUUUAAGGUUAUUCGCCGAUCUGUGCGAGUGUAUUCUAAUAGAUUUAUCGGAAUUGUCGAUCCUUAUCCAAAUUCAACUCAAGGCUUGUACAAUUUAGCAUUCUUUUGAUCUCUCAUGGCUAUAAACAAAUUUUAUAGAAAGCUCAAUUGAAAUUUUCAUUUAUGAUUGGUAUAAUUUGAACAAAAUGUCCUGAGGUUAAGAAAUUUAUUAUUAUCGAGGUUCAUUAGUCGGUUGAUAACUCGUUCAGAUCGAAAACAGGUCUAAUCCAAAAUCCCCCCACACCGUUAUCUUUUUUCAUUCGCAUUAGUAGACAAUUCAAAAUAAUGAACAAAAUAAAGUAAUAUGACACCUUUAAACACGUCAAGACAAUGGUAUUUUUUAUCUUCUAGUUGUAGGAUAUUGACAAUUUGAUCAAACGUGCUAUGAUAGACCACUUAGAAAAGAAUGGAUUUAGAUCAAGAUUGGUAGAAGAAAGAAGUGGUAACUGUAUAAUCAAUAUUUUCUACAAACUGAGAACUAAAAAUUGUAAGGUGAGACAAU